AUGGACGACGACUUAUCCUACGACGGCCAAACGGCGUUUGAUGCCGCUGCGAAUGGCGAUUUCCCGCUUGUGGUGCUGCUCUGGGGAAUGGCGAUGGCUGUGCAGCCACAUCCGGUCGAUUUACUGUCGGUCAAGGACGACAAGGGCGGGAAUUCCCUCGUGCACUACGCAGCAGCAAGCGGCCACGACGCGAGCGACACGAUGCACUUUUUGAUGCAACAGAUGGCGGCCAGUGGUCGUGAAGAAACGCUCGUGAAUGGAAGGAACUACGCAGGAGAGACGCCGCUUAUAAGAGCAGCUCAUGCUGGAAAUCUGCAGAUUGUAGACACGCUGCUGCAGUCGAGAUGCGUUGAUAUGCUGGCUCAAGACGUGCGGGGGAAUACUGCCGCCCAUCACGCUGCUGCCCAAGGGCAUCUCUGGGUGCUGCAUUUGUUGUUGGAAACGGAGCAACGAGAACGAAAACAUCGGUCGUCUGUGAAAGACGGGCGACAGAAAGAAAAUAUGACGACGCUGCUUGGUGGGUACUCGUUGCAGCGCCGAAACGUGUUGCACUAUGCCUGUAUGAGUGAGUACAAACCUAUCGUGCAGUACUUGCUGAAUCGAGGUUUUGAUACCGAUGAAGUCGAUACGGAAGACAAGAAGUGCCUCGAUCUGGCCAAGCAACGCAAUGCGGUCUGGUUAGAAGAUAUGUUGUCGGGCAAGACGAGCAGUGUCGAUCCACCUACAUACAUGCGAAAGACGCGGGGAAUCGUGGCAGCUUCGCAUGGAGCACUAUUGUUUGUGGUUCUGGCGACGAGUUAUUGGCUCGUGUGGUGGCUCGCGAUACCGUUGAUUUUCAUUGGUUCGUGGGCGUCGUUGUCUGCGUUUCACCAGAAGGGUCACAGUCAUGGAGGGCACUCUCACGGUGGGCAUGGUCAUGGCGCUGCAUCUACUGCUGACACGCAUCCGUCUAAGCGCAACAUCAUCGUGGCCAUGAAUGUAUCGCUAAAGCAAAUCGAAGAUGGUCCAACAAAUGUAAUAUCUGCGAAGAGCGCGAAGGACGAGAUGAAAGCAGGGCUUCGUAUGCUGACGCGAGCACAACCCGAGUCGGCCAUGGGUAUCUGGAUGGCUUGGGUCAGUUUGUUCACGCUGAUGUAUAUCGUUGUGUGGGUCGACCCGACUUACGAGGACUUUAUGCAUAGUCAUCUACCAUUUCUAAGCAUCACUGGAGCACUGGAAGUGGUGUUUCUUGUGGUUUGGGCAAAGCUGGCAUUUGUGUACCCGAUAGACCCAGGUAGAAUUGCUACGUACGAGCACGACGUGCAAGCAAUGUUGGACUUGGCAUUGCAAGCCGAGUCUCCCGAUAUGGAUAAGUUUUGCCGCACGUGCCUUGUGGCAAAGCCGAUUCGAUCAAAGCACUGUGCUCAAUGCGGCAUUUGCAUUGCCCGGCAUGAUCACCACUGCGCCUGGAUCAACCGGUGCGUUGGGUACGAUAAUCACCGGUGGUUUAUUGCAUUUUUGCUCGUGCAUUGCAUCAUGUUGGGGAUCUACGCGGUGCUAGCGAUCCUGGUUCUCUCCGAUCAAACGCAUGAUCUCCACGCCGAGCAAGAGGGGGCUGACAAAAGUGCCAGACGUGAGAACCUAUCCGCUAUGGACAUCUGGGAGGAGAUUCCGUCGCUCGUUAGCAAGCACUUGAUGUUCAUUAUCGUGUUGCUGUGGUCUCUUAUGUCGUUCGCGGCUCUUGCAAUGAUGACGGUUCAGCAACUGAACAACAUUGAGAAGAACAUCACCAUUAACGAGCGGGUAAACUGGCGGCGGUAUGCAUAUAUGACGAAGGAAGCGGCCAAUGCAUCGCAAUAUAGCGAGGAUAGUAAGCCAACUGCGGAUGUGACGAUGUCGAAUCCAUUUGACCGAGGACUCAAGAGCAACAUGUUGGAGUUCUUUUUCCGCACAAGUGGUUCAGCAGUCAACUAUCACGAGGUUUUCGGUCCUCCAGGCCGAAACGCUGACAUUACGAGCCCUGUUAUCCGCACGUCGGAGGGGUCUGUAACGUCAGUUGGAGAGAGGGAAAGGAUAGAAUCGAAUGGUUUUGUGUAA